AUGGAGCAACCACCAAGAUUCAGUGGAGUUGUGAAGAACUUUGGGAUGAAACAGUGUCAAGUAGAUCAUUCUGUGUUUAGCCGUGAUUCAAAAUAUGGAAAAAUCUUGCUAAUAGUGUAUGUGGAUGAUAUUGUCAUAACUAGUAGUGACAACAAUGGGAUUGAUAGAUUGAAAAACUUCCUACAGAAUCACUUCCACAUGAAGGAUCUUGGUAAGGUAAAAUACUUCUUGGGAAUAGAAGUUGCAAGGUCAAGGCAUGGAGUUAACUUGUGUCAAAGGAAAUAUGUCCUUGACUUAUUUGAAGAAAUAAGGCUCUUAGGUGCCAAACCAGCCAAAACACCUAUGGAACUGAAUGCUAAGUUUAGUAUUGAUGCAUGUGAAGAAUUUGAUGAUCCUAGAGGGUACAAGAGGUUGGUGAGAAAAUUGAAUUAUCUAACUAUCACAAUACCAGAUAUAUCAUUUGUUGUAAGUAUGGUGAAUCAGUUUAUUCAACAUCCUCGGGUCCUCCAUGGGGAAGCAGUCCUAAGGAUAGUUAGGUAUCUGAAGGGUGCUCCAGGUCAUGGUUUGUUAUAUAAAAGUGAGGGAACUCUUGAGAUAUAA